AUGAUACCAAUUCUUCGCAACAGGCACGAAAAGGUGCAAGAAGCUUCGAUCAACUUGAUUGGUCGUAUCGCGGAUCGCGGGGCUGAGUUUGUGCCAGCUCGUGAAUGGAUGCCCAUUUGCUUCGAGUUGCUGGAUCUCCUCAAGGCCCACAAAAAGGGCAUUCAUCGAGCAGCCGUCAACACAUUUGGCUAUAUCGCCAAAAGUUUGGGGCCUCAAGAUGUCUUGUCCGUUUUGCUGACCAAUCUUCGCGUCCAAGAGCGCCAGAGCCGUGUAUGCAGCACAGUUGCAAUUGCGAUUGUCGCAGAAACGUGUGGUCCUUUCACCUGCAUCGAUGCCUUUUUGAACGAAUAUCGAACAGCCGAGCUCAAUGUUCGGACAGGCUGUCUAACAGCCCUUUCUUUCGUCUUCGAAUAUGUUGGACCACAGUCAGCCUAUUACCGUGAUUCAGUCGUCACAAUGCUUGAGGACGCACUCACCAACCGUGAUCUGGUUCACCGACAAACAGCAAGCACCAUUGUCAAACACCUUGCUCUUGGUGUUGCUGGAUUAGGUUGCGAAGACUCAAUGAUGCAUUUGAUGAACUUGGUUUGGCCGAAUUGCUUUUCGAAACGUCGCCCCGUGUUAUCGGUGCAGUCGUGGACGCUAUUGAGGGUCUCUUCCAUCCUGCCAGAGAGGUUUAUUGGCGCAUCUAUAACGUGCUCUAUCUCGGGAGCAGCUGACGCCUUGGUUCCUUUCUAUCCUGACCUUGUCCCGACUCCAGCCCUCAUCAAAGGCAUCCGCGCCUGCAAAGUAACCGUGGCCGAUGAGCACGCUCUCAUCCAGCAGGAAUCUGCAGCAAUACGGACGUCAUUCAAGGAAGAGGACUCGUUUGCGCGACACAACAAUGAUAUCGCGAAACUCCUCUACAUCCAUAUGCUUGGGUCACCUGCUCACUUUGGGCAGAUACUAGAGUGCUUAAGGCUGGUCGCCAGUCCACGUUUUGCCGACAAACGGUUAGGAUAUUUGGGGAUCAUGUUGCUUUUGGAUAAGAGCCAGGAGACUCUGACAUUGGUCACCAACUCGUUGAAAAACGACAUGAAUCACUCCAACGCGUAUGUUGUUGGGCUGGCCCUAUGCACAUUCGCAAACAUAGCAUCGGAGGAGAUGUCAAGAGACCUGGCAAAUGAAAUCGAGAAACUUUUGGGCUCAAGCAGCACUUACAUUCGCAAGAAGGCGGCACUGUGCGCGCUUCGUGUGAUCAAGAAAGUCCCGGAACUCACCAACCACUUUAUUUCCAAAGCAAAGAACUUAUUGACCGACCGAAAUCACGGCGUCCUGCUGUCUUCAAUAACACUCGUCACUGAAAUGUGCCAUUCAGAGCCUGUGAUACGGGACGAGUUCCGAAACGCCGUACCUCUUCUCGUUCGCAACCUCAAGUCUCUUGUAACGACAGGCUAUAGUCCAGAGCACGACGUUUCAGGCAUCACAGACCCCUUCUUACAAGUUGCGACCAACACUGACUCCACGAAGAAUGUUGGCAACUCGAUUCUUUACGAGACCGUUCUCACUGUUCUGGAUAUCGAAGCCGACACUGGACUGCGCGUCGUUGCUAUCAACAUUUUGGGAAAGUUUUUGAGCAAUCGGGAUAACAACAUUCGUUAUGUUGCGCUGAACACGCUGAAUAAGGUGGUUUCAUUGGACACCAACGCCGUAUACAAAGGCAUUGCAACAUUAUUCUGGACUGCUUGCGAGAUGGCGACAUAUCGAUCAGGCGGCGAGCUCUGGAGCUAUCUUAUGCUCUCAUUAAUGAAGGCAAUGUCCGCGUGCUUGUUCAAGAAUUGCUCGCCUUCCUUGAAAACGAUUCGCGCCAAACAAACAGUGGCACAUCGACACUGUCCUUUGAUUCCUGCGACUGGCUGGAAACUUCCGCAUACACCAGAACUGCAAGCAUAUACUGCAUCAAAGCUCUAUGUUGCUUUGAUGGCCGAUAUUUCUCAAGAGUCUCUAACCCUCGCUGCAACCUGGGUCAUCGGUGAAUAUAGUGAACUGCUGUUGGAGGGAGGAAUUGUGGACGAGGACCCACGCAAACCUGUCUCGGACAAGCAAUUAAUUGACUUGCUGGUGUCGAUUCUCGAUUCACCAUAUGCCAACCUCCUUAUGCGACAGUUUGUGCUGACUGCAGUCACGAAGAUUUCAUCGCUGCCAGCAGUCGGUGUAACUCAGCAUGAGCGUAUUUCAGAGCUUCUAUUACAAUACGCAACGAGUCCUGAGUUAGAACUGCAACAGCAAGCCAUCGAGUUCGUUAGCCUGUUUAAUCUUGGUCAAGUCAAGAAGGGUGUCUUGGAGAAAAUACCGCCUCCGGAACUGAAAGCUACUGUUAUCGCUGUCGUCAGUGAACAGAAACCAGUUGGCUCAACGAAAGCCACUGUUGUCGACGAUCUUCUGGGUUCGGACGACGCAGUUACUACUAGUCCUGCAACAAACGUCACGAAAAGCAACGAUGAUCUUCUCCGUGCGAGAGGAGACCCUCCUCCCGUUUUCGUGGAUUUAUGCCCAGCCGACUCGGACUUGGCUGCCGCUAUUGCAGCCUAUGACUCCGCUUCCGACCCACAAGGUCUCCAGGCGGAGGGUAUACUGCACGUUCUAGGACUAGCUCAACCGCCUCCUUUGCUGGAAGACAAGCAUCCGAACAUACCCAAAAUCGAAUGGCCGCCCAAAUCCAUACCGAAAACAUACGGUAGCUCAGCCAAAACUUCAGAGUUGGGUUCGCCCAAGCUCAUAUCGACCCAGUCUCCAGAGUUGGAUUCAUUCCGUGGUCGAAUGAUUAACCAGGCUCGCAGUUAUUCCCUCGUCCCAUCCACCAUCGCUCCAUGGCCUUCAAAUUUCGACUCAAAUGGCCCCGUCAGGCACCUGAAAGAUACUGUCAACAAUGUUGGGCCAGAAAGCCAGGAUGGCCAUAACGCGGAUAUCGAACCAGAUCUUGACGGGAUGCAAGGCAAUGUUGCCAGAGGGAUACUGCCCCCGUCGACGGGGAUAACAAUGGCAGUAAAGUUCACUAUCGCGCAAGAUUGCGGCAUCGUGCUCAUCCGUACAUCGCAGGUCGUUGUCAAGGAGAGACUCAAGCUAUAG